UACCAUGAGCUCACGACACUCUGCCAGCCCAGUUGUUUUCACCAGUGCCAGAAGCUCCCCUAAAGAAGAGCUUCAUUCUGCUACUUCUCCCCAGCUCGCACCUUCUUUCUCCUCCUCCUCUUCAUCCUCAUCUGGUCCCAGGACUUUCUACCCUCGCCAGGGUGCUACUAGCAAGUAUCUGAUCGGAUGGAAAAAACCAGAAGGGACAAUAAACUCAGUGGGGUUUAUGGAUUCAAGAAAGCGCCACCAGAGCGAUGGCAGCGAGAUGUCCCACCCGCGGCUGCGCGCCUCCGCCAGGGAGCUGCGGGCCUCCCCCAAGCCAGCCAAGUCCUCCGUUGAAGAGGACCUGAAGAAACUGAUAGAUCUUGAUAGCCCCACACCCGAAUCCCAGAAGAACUUUAAGUCACACACUCUGUCCUGUCAGUCUCCCUUUCCCAGCACUCCUACCACAAGGCGUGCCUUGCAAAGGACUUUGUCAGAUGAGAGCAUUUACAGUGGUCAGAGGGACCACUUCUUCACCUCGCGGGCCUCGCUCCUGGACCAAGCCAUGCCAAAUGAUGUCCUCUUCACCAGCACCUACCCUUCCCUCCCAAAGUCCCUGCCCCUACGGAGACCAUCCUAUACUUUGGGAAUGAAGUCACUACAUGGAGAGUUUUCUGCCUCAGACAGCUCCCUCACAGAUAUCCAGGAGCAAAGGCGGCAGCCCAUGCCAGACCCUGGUCUUAUGCCAUUGCCUGAUUCUGCCUCUGAUCUGGACUGGUCAAACUUGGUAGAUGCUGCCAAAGCUUUUGAAGUUCAACGAGCUUCAUUCUUUGCUGCUGCUGAUGAGAAUCACAGGCCUGUGAGCGCUGCCUCCAGCAGUGAUCAGGCUGAGGACCAGCUUACUGCACAGAUAAAGCCUUACACAGGUAAAGAAUCUCCUCCAACUCUCGCCUCUAAAGUGGACCAACUGGAAGGUUUGCUGAAGAUGCUGCAAGAGGAUUUAAGGAAGGAAAAGGAGGACAAGGCCAGUCUGCAGGCUGAAGUGCAACAUUUGCGGGAAGACAACUUGAGGUUACAGGAGGAAUCCCAGAAUGCAACCGAGAAGCUGAAGAAGUUCACCGAAUGGGUUUUCAACACAAUUGAUAUGAACUGAGAACAACGUCCGGGGAAGGAAACUAUCUGUUAUGAAUAUUAUUACUGGGACUUAAGCUUUAAUGCCACCUUAAUCAUGACAUGUGAAAGUAUAGUCAGAGCACUUCCCUGUCCUUCAUCCUCCAAUAACCCUUUUUUGCAUCUCUGCGCGCACUCAGAACAAUUGCAGAUCAACAAUCAAUGUCUGCCUUUUGUAGAAAAAGUAAAUAAUUUUAAAAAAGGUAAAAUAAAAGUUUAACUGCUAAAA